UUUUUUUUUUUUUUUUUUGUUCUCAGGUGUUUUUGAAAUUGUUCUCCCUAUCACCGUGCUUGUGCUGAGUGACGAUGAUUUUCUCCCAGAUGACUCUGAGGAGCAAGCAGAGUCAGUUCCCAAGUCAAAGGAGGAGGAUGAGCUGGAAGUGACCUUGAACAGUAGCAUUCUCUUACAAAGUAAUGGAACAGCUUCAAAUGACAGUAACAGUGUGAGCAUUUUGGAAGAAAACAAGACUGCUUCAAAUGAGGAUAAUAGUAUAACAUACACUGAAAAAAACCAAGUUGCCAAGAGUGUGUGUAAUGAAUACGAAUUAACUGAUGGGAGUGGUGCAUUCAUGGACGAAUGUCAGAAUUACAUGUUGCCUACAUCAUCUUACAAAACACAGCUUACAGAGAGAAAUGAAGCCAGUUGUAGAGAAGAAUGUGAUGGUGAUGACAGCUCUCAGAAAAUUCCUCCUCUCUUCUCUGCUGGCAUUGAGGGUAGCUAUGAUACCAUCAGAACAAACAGCCAGGUGACAUUGACAGUGAUACCCAAACAUGAAGAGGAGCCUGUCAGUGCUGCAAAUGGUAGCAGUCAAGAGAAACAACCAGAAAUCCCCAAGGAGAUUGAAACUAUUGUUGAAAUGAAACAUCCUGACUCUUCAGAGAAUGGAGAUAAUAAAGCCAGUAACAAUAAGAGAAGCAAAUUUGAAGAUGAAACUCUGGGUUCUCUUUUGAAGCGUGGCUUGAAAGAAGAACCAAAAUUUACCUAUAAUUGUUCUGCUCCGUUUGUUAAUGGAUGUUCUUCUACUUCACAAGAAUUGCUACAAGAGGCAGGGAAACCGGAGAUGAGUGCCUCCACUUCUGCUGAAUCAAAUACUCCUGGAGAUCAUCUUUAUGAGACAUUAUCACCAUUUCCUAAAAAAAGAUGUCGGCAGCAAAAAGUAAUUUCUCUUCAUGCAGGCCCAAAAGAAUCCCCAAACCAGCAAGAAGGUUUAGCAUGCCUAAGUAAUAUUAUCACCAUCAAAACCCUUCCUAAAGCGUCUUCUACAAAUAAGCAUGAAAGAUUGAAGUGCAGAUUUUGUAAUUCUGUAUAUAAAUGCAGUGCACAUCUAAAGAAACAUCUUUAUUCAGCUCAUAAAGGUAAGAAAAUAUAUAAAUGCUGCUUCUGUAAAAGAACCUUUUUCUUUUCUGUCAACCUUAAGAACCACCUUAAGCUUCAUAAGAAAAUAACUAGGUUGAAAAAUGCAAGAAAAAAUAGAAAGAAUGUGAGAAAAGUUGGUCAGAAAAGAUCUGAAGAAAGACAAUCUGAGACCAAGAAAAAAGAAAGUAAAUAUAAUAAACUUUUCAGCAAAAUAGAAAGGGACUUCACACCUCUGAGUAGACCAGUUAGGUUUUCCUGCAGAAUUUGUUUCUUUGCUUCAUCAGAUCCUAGGGUUUUUAUUAAUCACAUGAAGGGACAUAAAGAGAGACCACCCUACCAGUGUCCUCAAUGUGAUUAUUCCUGCAUUAGCUUAUCCUAUUUGUUGAAUCACAUCUACUGGCAUGCUGGAUAUAAGCUGUACCAGUGCAGGUUUUGCACCUUUUUUUCAUUGUAUUUUGCAAGCAUGGUAAGGCACAGCUACAUGCACACAGGGGCUCGACUGUAUUCCUGUGAGUUCUGCCAGUCAAAUUUCACAAGCACUACAGCAUUAAAGAGACACAGAAGAUUACAUGCAGGCAAAGAAACUUGCCGAGGGCAGCAGGUUGACUCAGCAACUAGAACAAAGAGAACUCGAAGACCUGUAAAGAGUUACACAUGUGAUGAGUGUAACAUGGUGUUUUACACUAAAGGACAUCUCAGCUUUCAUCAGAAAUUUCAUGAACAGUUUAAGGCUAAUGGUUAUAUGAAUCAGAGCAAUGAAUAUCAUAAAAGAAAAAUAUGCAAAGCUAACAGUGAUUCCCAGGAGACUGUUUCUCUGUCUCUUCCUGGUGGUGAAGAAAAUGAUUGUCUUGGUGGGAGAAUGCUAGCUUCAGCAGUAGACUCCAAGCAGGAAGAUAAUGUGUGGGACAAUAAGAAAAUGCGCUCUAGAAAGAAAUUCUCUGAAAAAAGCCGUGGAAGCAGCAGCGUACCUGUUGGGAAUAGAUCUGAAGUUCCUCUGAAUUCACACCAUAUGGAAGCUGUCAUUUGUAAAGCGGAGCCUCUCUUCAACUCCAAGGGCUCUCAUUCACAAGUUCAAGAUGUUGAUGCGUAUCAUAAAUAUGUGGAAAACCUAAAGGUGACAUGGCCUUCCAGUUUGUCUGCAUUCAAAACAUACAGGUGCCAACACUGCAGUUAUGCUACCACUGUUCAUAGCAACUUUAGGCUGCAUUUGAAAUGUCAUACAAAUGAAAGACAGUUUGUGUGUGAAGAAUGCAAUAAGGCAUUUAGAACAGCAGAUGAUUUGCAGAAACACAGCCUAAUUCAUGUAAAGAAUGGAUAUGAGUUUGGCCGUUGCUUCUAUGUAAAUAGUUAUUUAGAGGAUCUUGAAUGGCAUCGUGACACACCUGUAGGUAUGUGUCCAGAAAGAGAUUUUGGUUCCUUGGAAGGUUCAAAAAGUGUCCAUUCCUUGCUUGGUUCAGAAUUCUCUGGACUACAGCCAGAUAUCCAGGGGGGCAAAGGGAAUGAUUUGCUAGGACAAAGUCAGCCACAAUACUAUCAGUGUGCAGAGUGUGAGUAUGCUACUUACAUUUUAAGUAAUCUUAAACUACAUGUAAGAACUCACACAGGUGAGAGACCUUACAGCUGCAGUGUUUGUCAGAAGAAGUUUCGUAAUUCCAGUCACCUUAAAAGACACAGAGUCAUGCAUUAUAAUUCAGAUUAUCUCAAGUGCAGGAAGUGUGACUAUUCCACAAACAAAUGGCUGUCCUUGAAACGGCAUCUGGCUUCACACUCUUAUGAAGAAAGCUCAUCUACUGGCUGUCUCUAUGAACAAAAGCAGCUACCUGUCAAAGCAUACACUUGCAAGGAGUGUGGCUAUUGCACACUCCACAACGGAAACCUGAAGCUACACAUGAGGAUUCACACAGGGGAGAAGCCAUACAAAUGCAGUCAGUGUGCUGUCGCUUUCCGCACAUCAAGCCACCUGAAGCGCCACUUGGUGACUCAUUUAAAGUUGCACUGCAGAAGGUGUAAAUUUUCAACGUUUGAUAAAUGUGCUUUCCAAAAGCAUGUGAAAACACACAAAAGAAAGCACAACUGUAGGAAGUGUAAUGUGAUGCUGCCUACCAAAAAACUUCUGGAGCAGCAUAAGCGGCAACAUAAGCUUGAAAUAUAAUCUCGGGAAUUGCAAGUUGGCACCUGGUUCUGAAGAGAUUUGCAUGUCCUGAGUUUGUUCUUUGCUUUACAUUCCUCUGCUGUCCCCAUAACAAUGACUGGUAAUGGAUGCAUCUGGUGGUGUGGUCCGGAGGGUGAAACUUGAGGUACUGACUUGCUCCAGGUUCUUGCAACAGCUCUGUUUCUAGUACAGGCUGUGCU